GCAUGUCUGGUGAAAGGAGUGGAGGAAUAUAUAUAUUUUUUGCCUAUGCCACUUGAUCUGUAGCAGUCAAAUAUAUUCUCCAGCUUUGGUGAUAGGAUGCAUCAUAACAGUGCUUGCAUCACAAGAGAUGGUUGGUGUAAAGCGGAGGGGACGUUCUUUGCUUUUCAUUGACGACCAAUUUACAAAUUAGAGAAGAGCAUUAAAGCCAGCAAGUUGAGGAGGUAGAAUCCCCAAUUGUGUUUUGGUUCUUCACAAAAAUUUUAGCACGAGCCCAUUAGAGGUACCUUACGACUCUUAUGUUUCUGUUUGUCAUUCUCUCUUGGGUAACAAAUGUUUAGCUUCUUCUUCAGAGAUAAUGCUUGAGAAGUAUCAGUAUUGCUAUUGUCACGUAUGUUAGGGUUUAAGUGUUAAGUAGUUGUACUUCCAAACAAACUUUUUAAAUGUUAUGUGGCAUCUUGUUCCUGUGCCGACCUUUGUCCAUCUGUUGAGGUUUUUUGUAUGGAAUCUGAAAGAUUUAUCUGAAAUGAGUUAGGGUGGUGGCAUUAUUUCUGUCUCAUCUUUGUGGUCACUGGUCACUGUUAUACGUAAUUGCGGCUAGCUAAUUUUUUGCCUCAUGGUCCCCUUUAGUAAAUUCUGGUCUUUUGGUGCUGCAACUAUGCUUUUGUCAGAUUAAUCUCCAGUGUUCAGAGCUGGUCUUUUGACUAAAAAGAGUUAGGAGGAGACCUGUGUAAAAUUCAUAUGGACUACAUGUUUGGAUUGCUUUUUCUUAAUGUAAGAUUUGUGAAUGUCUUAGGCAACUUGGCGGUGUGGCUGUUGAUAAAAGUAAAUGAGCAAACUAAAAUCUUUAAAAGUAAAUGAGCUAACUAAAAUAUAGAUUUGAUUAUUUUCUCUUGAACAGAUGGUCAAACUAGAUGCUCUUUGCCUCUUUGGUGUUUCUUUAAUUGUCAAGGCAUCGAGUUGAUUAUCCUGUGUGUCCAAAUUCUGUGUUAUAUUUUCAAGUGUGCUUGUUUCUUCUUUUUGUCUCCCUGUUGACAGCCUGACAGGUUUUAGUUUUUCCAAGUAACUUGUUUGUGGUUGAUCUACUGUUUACUCAUCCUAAAAUCAUGGCCAUCUAAAGAGAAAUGACUGGCUGAUGUGGGCUAGAGGUUGAACAGUGGAGCCAAUCCACAUGGUUGCUGUAUCAUGUGGCUAGAAGGUGAAUAGGGGAACCAACCCCCAACUAUAGCAUGUCUAGAAAAGGUAAUAGGGAAUCAACCCACAUAGUUAUUUUAGCAUAUGGCUGUAAAUUGUGCAUAAUGACCUGCAUGAAGCUGUUAGUAAACCGUGCACCCAUGGUGUUAUGUGGAGAUGAGAUUCAAACUCCCCCAACUGCGAGGUUGUAAGUGCUAGCUCUACAUCUAUUAUAGUUACAGUCUGAUUAUACUUAUUUGUAAAGUUAACUUAGUGCUUGUUUGGUUGACCAUAAAAACCAUGGGAGGUUGAAGUCCACUGCAUAAUUAAAACCCAUGGAAAUGUAUGAUCGAUUAAAAUUUAGGUAAUGCAACUUGCUAGAAAUCUUUACUUUCUAUAUAACGGCAGAAGUUGUUUGCCUAGUCUCUUUAGGUAAGCGAGUUUCUUGUAAGAAGUUUUACCUCACAUGAUCAACCAAACGACUCGACUUCCCCAGAAAUGGAAUCAGUGGGAGAAAAAUGUUUCUUAGGUAUUAUCACCUCCUAUGUUCAAUAACAUCACAACUUGAAUUCUGUUGAUUUUCUUCUACAAUUUUCUGCAUGUUGGAUUGCAUCUUUAUGCUUUUCUGAUAUACGGUAUACACAAUCUGGUUUUCAGAGUUUAUAAGAUGCAUCCUGCGUGAAUUUUCGAAACUGCUAUUUUCCUGUAAUUUAACAGUAAGCAUAACAGUUAGGCACUCAGCAUCCAGUGAGAUAUAUGAGUUCACCAUUCUGCUCUCUUCUCAGACUUUUGCGGUUAACUAAUUAUUGUAUGUCUGAAGUAUGUUUGCCAACUUGAUGUUUUUUAGGCUGCUUCUUGCUGUCAUGGGCAUUUUUAGUGUCAUAUGUUCCUGGAUAUGAUAUGCUCCUACAGAUCAGGGUUUCUGCAGUUGUGGAUGUUAUUUUGUCAAUAUUUCUAAAAAGAAGAGAAGACGAAUUCGCCCGAAUUCGAUUCCUAUUGCAGUUCUUAACCUUGAUGAUGAAGAAGAAGAUGAAUCUAAGAACACUAACAAUAAAGAGGCUGAGAAGGGUAAAAAUGAUUUACCAAAAAAUUUGGAAGAAUUACCCAAAGAAAAAGAGCAGGAGAAAAAAUCUGAUAAUUGCUCAAGUUCUUCAACACUUGCAUGUAUGGAUCGUCUUAGAGAUGAACUUUCAUGUGCUAUUUGUUUGGAUAUCUGUUAUGAACCAAGCACUACUCCUUGUGGGCACAGUUUUUGUAAGAACUGCUUGAAAUCUGCAGCUGAUAAAUGUGGCAAAAGAUGUCCAAAAUGUAGGCAACUCAUCAGUAAUGGAAGAUCCUGCACUAUAAACACAGUCCUUUGGAACACGAUUCAGCUUUUAUUCCCGGAAGAAAUCGAGUCGAGGAAGGCAGCUGCAGCUGCAGCUGCAAAUAGUAGAGUAGCUGAUCGGCACAAGAAGAGCCCAGAAAGGAGGAUUAGUGCUAGUAAUAAUCAAGUUAACAGUAAUAAUAACAGUCUGCAUUUGAGCAGAAGAAUUAGAAGUUCAAGAAGAUUAGAAGAAGCUAGUUUGAGCACUAGAAGAGGAGUGCCAAACCAAGAUGAAGAUGCUGCAUUGGCAUUGAGGUUACAGAGAGAAGAAUUCAUGGAUAUCUAUAGAGGGUCUAGCUCAGCCCGAGAUAACUUGAGAGCUAUGGCGCGGAGAGCUAUAGUUGUUGCUAGUAACCGCCGUGUUUGAGCUAUGUUUCAUUCUUGUUAUGUCAGGUCACCCAUGUUCUCAUCUUUUGUCUUCCGAGACAUCUGAUAAAAUUGGAACGAUACAGAGAAGGAUAGCAUGGACUCGUGCUCUCCUGCACAAGGAUGGUGUGUUUGUUUCCACAUAGUGUUUUACUUGUAGAAAUGUAACUUGGGGAAGACUUGUUUCUUGUUGUUGUUUUUAGUACUAGGGUGUAAACUAUUUCACUGAAAUUGGUUUAUUAUAACAGCAAAUUUGAUGAUUAAGACUAA